GAUCCCGUUUUACCGCAGUGUGGUCGCGCCGCAGUAGAACAGAACAGUCAGUCUCGCGUCGUCCGUGACUGUAGAUUAGUCUUCUAUCGAUAGACUAUAGCACCUGUCGUCAUCACCGGUGGAUCGAAAAACCUAGAAUUUAUUCUGAAACACCUCGCGCCUUUUUACCGGUUUAGACAGACAGAUAACGGUCAUUAUCGGGACAUCUCAUUUUACCGCGCCAGACAGCAGAAUCCUCGUUUUUAGUUGAUACUGAGUACAAACUGCCGCACGGUACGCAACGGGCACCAUGAACAACAAGGAAGAUGAGCGCGUGGACACCGGAGUCAAGGAGCCAUACUUCUGGAACCCUCGGACGCACGAGUUCCUGGGCCGGACCGCAAGCAGCUGGGGUCUGAUCCUGCUGUUCUACCUGGUGUUCUAUAUAUUCCUUGGUGGAAUGUUCGUCCUGACCAUGUACGUGAUGCUGCUAACGCUGGACGACUAUAAACCCACCUACCAGGACCGCCUCGUUACCCCAGGUAUGAUGAUCCGUCCACGAGGCGAGGCCAUGGAGAUUCUCUACAACACCAAGGACACAGAGAGCUUUGACAUCUACGCCCAGACACUGAACACCUUCCUCGAAUCCUACAACAACUCCCUGCAGGUCCAGAACAACGAUGAGUGCCUCCCUGACAGUUACUUCAUCCAGGAGGACAGUGGAGAGGUGAGGAACAACCCCAAACGUUCGUGUCAGUUUAACCGUUCCACUCUAGAGGAGUGUUCUGGGAUCACGGACCGGACCUACGGUUACCAGAAGGGACAACCCUGUGUUCUCAUCAAACUGAACCGGGUGAUCGGGAUGCUUCCAGGGAAGGACGGCCAAUCUCCUUAUGUCACCUGCGGAGCCAAGAAAGAGGACAGUGAAGCGAUCGGAGAGUUGGCCUACUACCCCCCCAAUGGGACCUUUAACCUCAUGUACUACCCCUACUAUGGCAAGAGGGCCCAGCUGAACUAUUCCCAGCCCCUGGUAGCAGUGAAGUUCCUCAACAUCUCUCUGAAUACAGAUGUGAAUGUUGAGUGUAAGAUCAACUCCAACACACUGAAGACUGGCGGAGAGAGAGACAAGUUCGCCGGACGCGUCUCUUUCAAACUCCGAAUCACCUCACCUAAAAACUAGACCACUAAACACUACACACACAUGCACACACAGAGAUGUUACUGCCAUAUGAAGGACCAUAUCAAACCCCCUGGAAAUGGAGACCUGGAGGAGAGGGAAGGAGGAGAGGGAAGGAGGAGAGGGGAGGAGGAGAGGGAAGGAGAGAGAGGGAAGGAGAGAGAGGGAAGGAGGAGAGGGAAGGAGGAGAGGGAAGGAGGAGAGGGAAGGAAGAGAGGGAAGGAGGAGAGGGAAGGAGGAGAGGGAAGGAGGAGAGGGAAGGAGGAGAGGGAAGGAGGAGAUGGAAGGAGGAGAGGGAAGGAUGAGAGGGAAGGAUGAGAGGGAAGGAGGAGAGGGAAGAAGGAGAGGGAAGGAGGAGAGGGAAGGAGGAGAGGGAAGGAGGAGAGGGAAGGAAGAGAGGGAAGGAGGAGAGGGAAGGAGGAGAGGGAAGGAGGAGAGGGAAGGAGGAGAGGGAAGGAGGAGAGGGAAGGAGGAGAGGGAAGGAGGAGAGGGAAGGAAGAGGGAAGGAGGAGAGGGAAGGAGGAGAGGGAAGGAGGAGAGGGAAGGAAGAGAGGGAAGGAGGAGAGGGAAGGAGGAGAGGGAAGGAGGAGAGGGAAGGAGGAGAGGAGGAGAGGAGAGGAGGAGAGGAGAGGAGGAGAGGAGGUCCAAUGUGUCUCCUUUUUAUUUCACUGCAUUCUUCACCUCUCUCUCUCUCUGUCUCUGUCUCUCUCUGUCUCUCUCUCUGUCUCUCUCUCUCUCUGUCUCUCUCUCUGUCUCUCUCUCUCUCUCUCUCUCUCUCUCUCUCUCUCUCCCUCUCUCUGUCUCUCUCUCUCUCUCUCUCUCUCUCUCUCUCUCUCUCUCUCUCUCUCUCUCUCUGUCUCUCUCUCUGUCUCUCUCUCUCUCUCUCUCUCUCUCUCUCUCUCUCUCUCUCUCCCUCUUUCUGUCUCUCUCUCUCUUUCUGUCUCUCCCUCUUUCUGUCUCUCUCUCUUUCUGUCUCUCUCCCUCUUUCUGUCUCUCUCUCUCUCCAUCAGUCUGCUCAUCCCCCUCUCUCUCUCCAUCAGUCUGCUCAUCCCCUUCUCUAAUCUGUUAGUCUGUAAUCCUCAGCUCAAUGCCCCUCCCCCUCUCCUCUCUCUCCCCCUUUCUCCAUCCUCCUAAGGUUCUUAGUAAUUUAUCAAACUAUUUUUAUUUUUUGUGUGUUGAUGAAUCUGGUCGUUAAUUUAAUUUAUUAUUUUGAAAUGGAUGUCUCCUUUACCUGAAAUGAAAGCCUUCUACUACACACACACACACACGCACACACGCACACACGCACACACGCACACACACACACACACACACACACACACACACCAACAACAACACCAACACACACACACACACACACACACACACACCAACACCAACACCAACACGCACACACACACACACACACACACACACACACGAGCCCAAGUCAAAGAUAUUUUGUUGUUGUUUUCAGUCAAUUUAAUCAGAGAAUCUUUCUUCAACAAUAUAUCAGCCAUAUAUAUGACAUAUAUCGGGGUGUCUGAUUGUAAAUAGAUAUUUUCAUGUAGAUGCUUUAGACACAGAGAGGAUUUGAGAUUUUAAAUAAAAGAUGGCAUGAUGAUAUGAUACCUAUGAGUUUCCCAACGCUGUAAGAGUUAAGUAGCGUCAGGUAAACAGAGGUCAGAGGUCAGAGGUUAACACAGAGUAAUGGUUAGAGUAGAGAUAGAGGCGGCUGGCUAACAGACAGACUUUUAGUAAUGUUACUGUGUUUUAUCUGCUGUUCAGUUUGUUUUGGUAGAGCUGCUCUGUUAGCCUUAGCGCUUGGUCCUGGUUGGCCAGCCAGCUGUUAGCCGCUAGGUCGCUUGGUCCUGGUUGGCCAGCUAGGUGUUAACCUUACUGCUAGGUCGCUAGAUCCUGGUUAGCCAGCUAGCUGUUAGCCAUACAGCUAGGUCGCUAGGUCCUGGUUAGCUAGCUAGCUGUUAGAUGCUAGGUCGCUUGGUCCUGGUUAGCCAGCUAGCUGUUACCCAUACCGCUAGGUCGCUAGAUCCUGGUUAGCCAGCUAGCUGAUACCCAUACCGCUAGGUCGCUAGAUCCUGGUUAGCCAGCUAGCUGUUAGCCAUACUGCUAGGUCCUGGUUAGCUAGCUACCUGUUAGCCCCUAGGUCGCUUGGUCCUGUGUACCUAGCUGUUAGCCCCUAGGUCCUGGAUAGCUAGCUGUAAGCUAUAUCGCUAGGUCGCUAGUUGCUAGGUCCGUUUGAAUACCUGUAGUAGGUUUGAAUACUUUAAGGGAAGUGGACGAUAUAUUAAGAUGAUACUGGGGUGAUAUUGGGGUGAUACUGGGGUGAUAUUGGGGUGAUUUUGGGGUGAUAUUGGGGUGAUACUGGGGUGAUAUUGGGGUGAUACUGGGGUGAUAUUGGGGUGAUACUGGGGUAAUACUGGGGUGAUAUUGGGGUGAUACUGGGGUGAUAUUGGGGUGAUACUGGGGUGAUAUUGGGGUGAUACUGGGGUGAUACUAGGGUGAUACUGGGGUGAUACUGGGUCGAUACUGGGGUAAUAUUGGGGUGAUACUGGGGUGAUACUGGGGUGAUAUUGGGGUGAUAUUGGGUUAAUACUGGGUCGAUAUUGGGGUAAUACUGGGUCGAUAUUGGGGUAAUACUGGGUCGAUAUUGAGGUAAUACUGGGGUGAUAUUGGGGUGAUACUGGGGUAAUACUGGGUCGAUAUUGAGGUAAUACUGGGGUGAUACUGGGUCGAUAUUGAAGUAAUACUGGGGUGAUAUUGGGGUGAUACUGGAGUAAUACUGGGUCGAUAUUGGGUUAAUACUGGGUCGAUAUUGGGGUAAUACUGGGUCGAUAUUGAGGUAAUACUGGGGUGAUAUUGGGGUGAUAUUGGGUUAAUACUGGGUCGAUAUUGAGGUAAUACUGGGUCGAUACUGGGUCGAUAUUGAAGUAAUACUGGGGUGAUAUUGGGGUGAUACUGGGGUAAUACUGGGUCGAUAUUGAGGUAAUACUGGGGUGAUAUUGGGUUAAUACUGGGUCGAUAUUGAGGUAAUACUGGGGUGAUAUUGGGUUAAUACUGGGUCGAUAUUGAGGUAAUACUGGGUCGAUACUGGGGUGAUAUUGGGGUAAUACUGGGUCGAUAUUGGGGUGAUAUAUCAAGGGGAUUUCUGCUUUUAAUGUCUUUCUUUUUUAUUCUGUUUCUCCACUCGUUUAUUUGUGCUGUGUUUGUUUGUUUGUUUGUUGUCAUCAGCUUAGUGGCGGGUUUAGAACACAACAUUAUGUACAGUUACCACGGCAACCACAGCAUCAGGCCCGGAGUCUCGCCCUCACUUCACCACACACCCGCCACUCACACUGUUGUGUCACAUGUGAGCCUUUCGUCUUACUGUUGGUCACGCCCCUUUCAUCUCUAAACCAAUCCUUUCCCUUUAAACAGUGAUGCCACUUCCUGGUCUGGGCUGUCUGACCAAUCAGAGCCCAGCCUUUUCUGUGCAACGUUCAGCAGAUACAAACUAGAUGUGGUUAAUAAUGACAUCAUCUGUAUUACUGCCUCAGAUAUUCCAUGUGGAACCUUCUGAAGAAUAUUAAUAUAAUAUAUAUAUAAUAUCUGAAGAAUAUUAAUAUAAUAUAUAUAUAAUAUCUGAAGAAUAUUAAUACUGUAAAAACAAGAAAUAAAAAUAUGUUGUGUUUAA